AUGGCGUUGCGCGUCGCGGUUCUCACUGCCUUGUUCGCAAUUGUCGGGGCAGUACCUCAGAUCAGUUACCCACUCAACUCGCAGUUUCCGCCGAUCGCACGCGUUGGCGAACCAUACGUGUUUCAAUUUGCAUCGACAACAUUCAAAUCGGACUCGGGCAGUCUACUGUACUCGUUGAAUGACAAUCCAUCCUGGCUGUCUGUUGAUCGGACGACUGGGACACUUUCUGGGACACCUGGAGCGCGCGAUGUCGGCACUGACUCUUUCACAGUCGUCGCGGUUGAGUCCGCUGGUGCUGUCGCCAGAAUGGAGUCUACGUUGAUCGUGAGCCAAGAUAAGCGUCCGGAAAUGCAUGCGAACAUCUCACAAAUCCUUUCAACAGCGGGUUCGUUAUCAGGACCCACUACUAUUGCGAUCAAGGCCUCGCAAAAUUUCGAGAUCACGUUCCCCGCGGAUCUUUUCGGAUCAAACAGCAACCUGACAUAUGCUGCGACUCUCUCUGACCAUACUCCACUACCGGCAUGGAUCAGCUUUGAUCCCUCUUCGUUAUAUUUCGCCGGAACGACUCCACCCACAAGCAUACCGCAGUCGUUUGGGGUCCUCCUGAUCGCUUCUGACACCCCAGGAUACGCUGCCUCCACGGUGCGUUUUACAUUAUCGAUCAAUAUCCACGAGCUAUUCUUCCAGCCUGCUAUCCAGACUGUGAACAUCUCCCAGGGUGACGAAGUGCGCAUUACGGGCCUGAAGAGCAAACUCUUUCUCGAUCAAUCACCUAUUAGUGAUAGAGAUAUACAUUCACCGUCUGCUGAGCUACCGGACUGGUUGAGUUUCGAUGGGAGCACGUUCGAUGUUUCGGGCACAGCGCCUGCUGAACUCUCUUCACAGGAUCUCACUAUAUCAGCAAAGGAUAUAUACGGAGACCAGGCCCAAUACACCAUACGCUUGAAUGUUUUGUCGGAGCUAUUCACUAGUCCUGUUGGCACACUGAACGCUACACUGGGCGACCUCUUCAAAGUCCAGCUGCCACGUUCCAUACUCUUCAGAGAUGACGAACUUGUUUCUGUUGAAUUCGCAACCCUCAGGGAAUAUUUGAACUUCAACCAGACAACAUUGACAAUAUUUGGAACUAUUCCCAAGCAUCUAACGCCACAGGUCGUAGAAUGCACCAUUACGGCUACCUCCAAGGACGGAAGUCUCAAGGAGGCUCAGUCAUUCAACAUCACCCUAAUCGAGAGAAUAAACUCCCCUACAAACAACAACUCUACCCUCUCUGGUCACGGUGACACUUUCGACACUUCCAAUACAAACACAAGCGGUCAACGUGCAGGUGUUAUUGCGGGUAUCGUGAUUGCAUCUCUCUGCGGCGCUGUAUUGUUAGCCUUGUGCAUCUUCUGUAUAUGCCGCAGGAGAAAGCAGGUUAAAAGCUACCUCAGCCCUAAGCCUGCAAGCCCGAGGAGUCCAAGAAAAUCUGAAAUCUCGCGACCAACGUUCAUACCAAUUGGCUGGCCAGACAUUGAAGAGGAAGACCUUGAGAAGGGCAAGGAUCACGACGACGUCUUCUCGGAGCGUACCCCGGAGCACGCUCCUAAGCUCGAUCUCAACCUCUCUAUCAUUGGCAAAGACAGUGUAUCGCCAACAGAUUCGAUUGGCGAUGCUGACACGUGGAUACUCGAAGAUUUUGGAGAAUCCUCGUUGGGAUACAUUCACAAAAAUUCUGCGCCGUCCGAUCGCCCACAUGAUUCGAUGAAGAUCCCUGUUGAGUUGGCCAAACGAUCCUCCCAGAAUUCUGCGAACUCUUUCCGAAAGCAUACACGGCGGACCACAACUGUAUAUCGGGACCAGAUUCACCGCAGCUCCGGGCUUCCUGUUAAUCGACGCAUUACAGGCAUGGGUACUGGACACGGGCGCCACACCUACUCCCCAUCGAGGAGUAACAACAACUUCGGGUCGCUUCGACGUGCUAUGAGCUCCACCUCAUUUUCUCGGCGCACGAGUAGUCUUUCAACAGUUCCUACAGCCUGUGCUCAAGGACCCACUGUUCGUUCUCGACGCCCCAAAGUGACAACCCCGACGGAAGAGCGACACAGUAUCCGCGUUGUACCCUCAUCCAGUCGCAGUAGUCUCAUUGAUCGACGUACCAUGGAAGCCAAACGUAGCUCUUACAUACGGAAGCGAGCCUCUGCACAAUCGCCAUUCUUCAGCGCAGGCUACCGAGCAUCAUCUUCGACUUACAAGUCUCCGCCUGCUUUCCUCACCGAGAAGCAGAGGAGGUCACGGAUAUUCCACUCGCUAUCUGGGGUCAAAACGAUUGUCAAACCAGGCGAUGACGUCGAGGAAGGCAAAGAAAAAGACGUACCUGUCGCUUCAUCAGAAGGGAACGCAGAGAGUAAAUUUCCUGGCAGUUUGCGCAAGCACCGUUCAACAAAAUCUCUAGCGAAGGAAGUAACGAACGAUGAGUCGUCACACCGACCCGAAACACCCGUUGCCACUGUCAACACUGGAAUGGGUCGACGAGCAAGUACUCGCAAUAGCCUACUCGCAAUUGAGCUCAAAGCUAGUCUAAACGACCUCACAGGGUCCGAAAUAUUCGACAACGCCGAGUUGAGCGAGAGUGUUUACACAGAUGAAGAGGACGACAUCGAAGACUACAAUAGGCGAACGACGGUUAAGCCUGGUCACUUCACAUUACCUCCCCUGCAACUCGAUUCCAGACGCAUUACUAUGCGUGAAAAGAAGAGCGGCAAGCGCAAUAGCCAGACUAAGAGUGACGGCCGAGAGAUGAAACGUACGAGUGAACGCGAAGCUACACCACACUACCUGGCGAAAGAGCAUGGCGGCAAAGAGAACAUGUCAUCAACGUAUACCCUUGGCAAGAUCACUCCCAUUCCAGAAGCCAAGGUCAUGCCACGAGCCGCCUUAUCACCUGUCCGACCAGCCUCGUCCAACGCUCGCCACUCACAGGCAACUACAAUUCCACGUAAGUCUAUACUCCGCGACGCCCAGGCCCGCCCUAUCUCCCGAGCCGAAUCCAACAACGGAUCUACCAGCGAGCGUCAUUCACGCCGGUCGAUUCAUUCUCGUCACCAAUCUCGCAUUUCUGGUGCUAAACGCGGGCAUUCGCGCUCCCAAUCCUCCGCAUUUCCUUUCUUCGAUCCCAAUGUCACAGGUGCAGAUACAGACAGCACAGGGGCUGCCAAAAGGACGCCCGUAUCAGAUGCAAAAAGGUUCAAGGAAGCCGCCGUGACUCGUGACUUUUCGGGUAACCUGAUCUAUUACGGCGACGACACACUUGGGAGUAGUAGUAUGGUGUUCAACUCCUCACUCGGGCCGCCACGGCCUAGUACCCGCGGUUCGAAUGUACCAUCAGGUGUGCCUGGUAGGCAAAGCAUAGGACUUGGUCUUUUCCCGCAGGGCUCGAGUGCGGCUGAGUUGCAAGGAGAGAGACAGCGCAACCCACUCUCGGUCGUUGGUGCGAGUGUUGAUGAGGAGAAAGUAGAGACACCGGGAAAGGGGAGGAAGACAUGGGGUGAGGGGCUGAAGAGUUUCAUGGGCCGGAGCAGUGUAUGGGGUUGGGAUAAGGAGAAGGACGACGUAAAGGUCUUUGUGUGA